CCCCGGCGACAGCUCAUCUCUCACCAACCCUCAAACCCAUCCCGCCCUCAUGCUCGCAAUAGGCACGUGAAGCAAAGUGCGGACAUGAACAGCACUGGCAACGGAAAUCUCCUGGAGAUACCUCUGUUCAGGACGGAGGAAGGACGUUAUUUGGCAACAACUUUGGGGGAUCCAUUGAUAAAAGGUCUCACCGAAGUGGCGAAUCAACGUCCGGAAAAUCCAAUUUCAUUCCUCGCCAACUACCUCAACAAUUUCGCCAAUAGCUCAAACGGCUCAAACGCAGAAGAGAACGCAAUGGCAUCGAUAAAGAAUGUUCCGAAGGAAGAAGCAAGUGGGGUGGUUGUGAGGAAUGCUGUGGAUGCUCCAGCAGCACCCACUGAAGCUGCUGUCCCAUUGACCCCAUCACCCGAUGAGGAAGAUUCCACGGGCAAUUUUGACAGAGAUGAACACGGGCAGAGUAUGCUGCACUUUGCAGCUGCUCGUUCCCAUGGCAGGAAUGCCCUUUUCCACCUCAUUGAGGAGUCAGGAGUUAGUUUGACUUAUCGUGAUGAACUCUACCGCACGGCACGUGAUGUAGCUCUCCAGGCGAGUCAUGUGGCCAAUGCAAAGGAAUUCGAUCGGUAUGUGAUUGCCCUGGCUGCCCGUGGGGAUUUGGAUGCAUUCCAGUCAAUGCUCCUUGAGGGAUACGACCACAUUCUCGACCCCAAGGAUGGUGAAGGGAAUAGCAUUGUGAGCGUGGCCCAGGCACGUGGGCACAACGAACUGGCUAAAUUCCUCGAGAGUAUUGUGGAUUUUGAGGAGCGCCGAGAGAAGUGCCACAGUAUCAUUCGAAAUGAUGAUCUGGAGAAGCUUCAGGAAUUCCUUGCUUCCUCCUCGGAUGCCAUUCGCAUCAUUAAAGCGCGAAAUUACUUUGGUAGGACAGCCCUUCAUAUUGCUGUGCUAAAGGAGAAGGAAGACAUUGUGGAGUACCUUGUGACGAAUUUCCGCGCUGCACUCAAAAUUGGAGACAAUCUCGAACGUACCCCACUGCACUAUGCAAUGGGGGUGGGUAGCGUGGAGGCAAUUAGUCGCAUUAUGAUUAAGAAUGGCGCCAAGAGGGUGGCAAAGGAUCUCAAGGGACGUCAACCGAGCUACUACUUUAUGAAUAAAUCAGACAUCCUUCGCCUUCAGGAAGAAGAAAACCACUAAAUGUGGCCCCCACCAGCACUCUGCAAAGCGCACCGUAGAUGUGAUGCAAAAUCCCCGCCGGAGCUUUCUCCGCCUCCCCCAAAACCACUGAGAAAGCUCCCAAAAACCCUCCUUUCAAAAUAGACAAGCAAUAGAU